GCCGGUGAGAAACAGCACUACCUUUUCACGCUCGUCGCAAAAUUCUUUGAGCACGUCCCGGGCUCAUGGCAGGUUGGAAUAUUGUAUGACAUAGGAUGUCAGGGAGAUCAUACCCUGAAGAAAUACAACAUUGCUCCGGAGUGGAGAUCUCGAAUCGUGUGGGGUGUCUCCAUUUUCCAUGCAUAUGGUCACCAGUAUGCCUGUCAGCUUUGGUACCAUCCAUGUAAAUCGGAGCUUUGGGGCCUCACGGAUGGUGAAGGUUGUGAGAGGGUGUGGAGCCAGCUGCGACAGUUGAUACCGGGCCUUCGAGUUACUGGCCAUUAUCGUCACCUCUUUCUAAUUGAUGUCCAGGUUGAGCACAUUGAGUCCAUGAAGUCCCCUGACUCUGGAAAAUGCCUUCGAGGCCACCUAAAGAGGGCCAGGGGGCGACUUAAUGCAGCUACCGGCCAUUCGGGGAAGAACAACAAUGAUCCGGUUCCUGAUCUGUUGGCACAGUUUGAGGACCAGCGACGUUAUUACAGCAAACCUUUAGAGCGUCAAUCGAAGACAGCGGCCCAGAAGCUAGUGGAUCGAAUUACUUCACUGAGGACCGAGUUAAAGACCCAAGAGACACUCUAUGAGGAGCUUGUUCGGACCAGGCCAGUAGAUGAUCCAGUUCGUCAGUUUGAGUCGCAAGAAUUCAUGGAGAAAGUGGCAGAAGAGAUUGUAAGGCUGAAGGAGUCGUUGGCCACAAACAUGCGUAUGCUUGGAGCACAGGGCGAUGCUGCCUUCAAAGAGCUGGAGCGGCUGAAGAAGGAUGAGUGGACAAAUGAACUCAUCAACUUUCGAAUCCUUAGGGAGCAGCUUGUUCGGAAAUUGCGUUCAAGACGGUUCGAACUCAACAUACUUGAUCGCUCAAAAGCUCGCACC